AUGGUGACGUCAGCCCACGGUCUUCUGGGCGUUUCCAUGGUGACAUCAGCAGGCUGCCUUCAGCUAACUGACACGUACUGGCUGCUUAACUAAACUGUAGCAGUGAAACGAAAAAGAAAGCAAACAUCCCAGAGCAGAGGAGUAGGCGAUAUUGUUGGAUCAAAAGUAGAUCACAGUUCCUGAUUUCAUCAUGAACGUGUUUGACCGCAACAUCAACAUUGAUGCACUUUUUAGGUUCUCCCAAAUAUCUCACUCCACUCAGGUCCACUUGAAGAAUGUGUACUCCAGCUUGGCACUGUGCAUGCUGGUAUCUGCUGCCGGCUCCUACGUUCAUGUCGCCACGCGCCUUUUUCAGGGUGGAGUUCUGUCUGUGCUCGGCUCCCUGGGGAUGAUGUUCUGGCUCGCCAUGACUCCCCACAACCCGGACACAGAAAAGAAGAGACUGGCAAUCCUCGCAGCAUUUGCCUUCCUCACAGGUGUUGGCCUCGGCCCCACACUGGACUUUGUUAUUGCCGUGAAUCCAAGCAUCAUUGCAACAGCAUUCUUGGGAACCUCUGUGGUUUUUGUCUGCUUCACUCUCAGCGCCCUCUAUGCUAAACGCAGAAGCUACCUGUUCCUUGGAGGCACAUUAAUGUCUGGCCUUUCUAUCCUGUUCCUGCUGUCUGUGAUGAACAUGUUCUUUGGAUCUGUGAUGCUGUUCAAGGCACACAUGUAUCUGGGACUGCUCGUCAUGUGUGGCUUUGUCCUCUUUGAUACUCAGCUUAUCAUUGAGAAAGCAGAGAAUGGAGACAAGGACUAUGUCUGGCACUGUGUUGACUUGUUCCUGGAUUUCAUUACAAUCUUCAGGAAACUCAUGAUCAUACUGGCCAUGGAUGAGAAGGAUAAGAAGAAGGAAAAGAAGUAAAGUCUUUUUCCUGCCACUCAAGCAAUCGAUCAGAAAAAGCACAGUUUGCAACGCACUUGGUGCUUUUCACUUCUGUCUUUGUUUCUCAAAUUAACUCUUAUGUGGUCUUAUGUUAUUGAAAUUCUUGGACUUGUUUUGAAAGUAAGUUGCUGGUCCAGCGAUGCUGCAGUGAUCUGGCUGGGCUGUAGGGGGCGGUGUUGGCUAGCAGGUUCAUGAAGGUUUCCACAUGGCUGUUCAUUAGUGCCAUACAUUCAUAGGAGGAUAGGCUCAUUUAAAAUGCCAUGUAAGCUUCUGAAACUGAUUCUUUUUUUUAAAUUAAUAUAUUGUGUUGAUUUGCUUAUUUAUCAUUUUUCCUCCAUUGUUUAGUGAAAUGUCACUAGAUAUCAUAUCCCAUGAUUUUGAAAGCUCUUUUUUCAGAAAUCUCUAGUUUUUUUUUUCACCCUCAAAUUUAAUUUUUGAGUAAUAAAUGUGAAACCAGGAAUUAAACCUGAAAGCCUGCCAGCUCAUGAUGAUCCUCAUAAACUACUAACUCUGUAGACCUGUUUAAAAAUGUGUUCCUGUUUAAGAGGCAGUUGGUGCCAUUAUUGGCCCAUUUUCUUUUUUCUGAUUUGGAUAACAGUUGUUCAAACUUCUGAUUAAUUUGUUUCACCCCUAAUAUCUGCUGUCUAGACUUCAGUUUGCCAAAUGAUUUGAUGUUACACUGAUAAUUUGGCAUCGGUGCAAUUUUUUUUUUCCUCCCAAGUGUAUACUGUGAAGAAUUUGUUUUAUUGAUGUAAAACGGAAACUAAUUUGAUACACUUGCUUAAAUAAAUGUGUUGAACAUA